AUGCUGCUUCUAAGCACGCUGCUGUAGGCUUUUUUGAUUGUCUUAGAGCUGAAAUGGAAGAAUUUGAUAUUUGUGUCAGCACUGUGAAUCCAACCUUCCUCUGUUCAUACCAUCACCAACCAGCACCUGGCAACUGGGAGGCAUCUAUUUGGAAAUCCUUUUUCAGAAAGGUGGCAUAUGGUGUGCACCCAGUGGAGGUUGCAGAGGAAGUCUUGCACACAGUGAGCAGUAAGAAGCAGGAGGUACUGAUGGCCAACCCUAUUCCCAGAGCAGCAGUUUACAUCCGCACCUUCUUCCCUGAGCUGCUUUUUGCCAUUGUUGCCUCAGGGAUUAGGGAAAAGCUGAAGACAGAAGAGGAAAAUUGA